AUGUCUCUUCCUAGAAAGAAAGUCCUGAUAACCGGGUGUUCGGACGGUGGCCUGGGCUGUGCCCUUGCUAUUGCCUUUAAGGAUGCUGGCCUACACGUGUAUGCCACAGCUCGCGACCCUUCUAAAAUGAGCGAAGUGAAAUUGCACGGAAUCGAAACACUUACGCUGGAUGUGCAGUCGUCUAACUCAGUCACCGCCUGCGUCAGCAAACUCUCUAGCCUGGAUAUUCUGGUGAACAAUGCUGGUGGAGGUUACAGCAUGCCAUUUUCGGAUCUGUCUAUUCCGGAGGCGAAGAGAUUGUUCGAUCUCAACGUGUGGUCUUAUCUUACGAUCACUCAAGCCUUCUUACCGUUACUUUUACGAUCUAAAGGAAUGGUCGUCAAUCACACGUCCGCCGCAUCUAUGUGCACUGUGCCAUUUCAAUCCGCAUAUAAUGCCUCGAAAGCUGCUAUAGCGGCAUUUUCUGAUUCGCAGCGCUUAGAGCUCGAGCCGUUUGGUAUCAAGGUUGUGGACUUGAAGACUGGGAUGGUAUCAUCCCAUUUUCAACAGAAUUUACGGAAAUCGACACCUAUUUCUUUACCCACAGAUUCAAUCUACAACUUGGCGAAGGAAAAGGUGGAGGAUAUGAUCCGGGCUGAAAGACUUGAACAGUCAGGUAUGCCUGCCGAGCAAUGGGCAAAGCUGAUUGUGAAUGACCUUUUGUCGGACAAUCCGCCGUCGCGCAUUUGGAGAGGAAACCAGGCAGAGGUAGUGCGAGAUUUGACGACUUGCUCAUCUGAGACUUUGGAAAGUAUUGUGAAGGACGUUACGGAGUUCCGCCUUGUCGAAGAAUUGCUACACCAAUGA